AUGCAGAAUGCAAUAACUACAACGUUUGAUGGCGCCGUGGUGCGGACAACACACUACACUGGAAUGACCACUGAUCUAGCCGUACUGACCGCCCAUGCCAUAACUGGGCGCGUCGAUAAGAGCGAGUACUGGCAGUUCAUGCUAUUCGUACCCCAGCUGUUGUCCUACUUUGGUGGCAACAUCGUGGGUGCUGUGGUAUACAAUUGCGAAGAUAUCGAGGCACGAGCCCUGUUCAUCCCGGCCUUUGUAUCGGGGGUCCUGGGCAUCAUGUAUGUCUUUGAUUUGUCGCAGAUCUUCCACACUUCAUUCUACGCCAUGAUGACAAGAAGCCAGGAAGGAGUUGAAGACGGGACUGCUACAUGGAUGCGCGCGAAAGAUAUUGUGACGAAUGCAGUAGAUAAAAUGGCCAAAGGAGAGGAGACGAGGUGUCUGUUAAAACAUCGAUUUGCUUCGUACGCCUCCCUUGCCCCCUCGAUACGUAGGUCGGGCUUGUGA